AUGAAGGAAUUUUUUAGUUAACUUGUGUUUAACAUAGAGGUUAAGAAAUAUUUAUACAUAUUUAGUCAUUGAUUGAUAAUAUUGAAUAAAUUUUCUUUUUAGAAUGCGAAAAACAACAGACUUUACACAAAAAUCAAGUAAAAUAUUAUUUAGUAUUAAUAGCCAAAUUAGUCCUAAAUAUUUAUAAUAUAUAUAAAUCAACCAACAAAUUUGUCUUAAUACUGCAAUCUCGCAUAAUUUAUGAACAAAACUGAAGUCUUCUAUACAUAUACUUGCAAUAGAUCUAAAUAUUCACGAGGUUUUUUAUUUAAUAAAUAAUGCUUUUUAAUACUUUUUGAUUAAGUUGUAAAUGGAAAGCCAUUCCCCUCUAUUGACAUAUUGAAGAAUGUCAUUAAUAAAAAUAGAUGA